UUAAUACUGUCAACAAAACGGUAACUCCGACUGACAGGGCUUAUUAUAGCGAUUUUAUUAAAACAACAAAGUGAAACCGAAAUAUAAACACAGUUAAAGUUCUAGAUUCUGUUCUAAUAAAUUUUACAAUUAUUGAAUUUGCGAUAUCGUUUAGUUAGAAUGGACGGUUUGGGCGUGUAAAUAGACAUUCAGUGAACAAAAAAUCGUGUAGUGAGUGUCCUUUGGUCAAUAGCUAUAAAUCAAUAUAAAGUGAUGUGUCCUCAAGCAAUACUGUGACAAACUAAAUACUUUCUGUUCUUAAACGAUGCCUAAACAAACCCGCGAUGAAAACUCGAACGAAGAAGGUCCUAGUACAGGAGAAAAACCAUUCAAGAAAGCCAGAUUUGUGUGGGAACUCAAGGGUAAAAACCAUCUCAAGAAAGCCCUCCUUACUAGUUCAAUCAACAAUAAUAACAACAAAGAGACUGUUGACGAAGAAAAUAACGUAAGUACUAGUCAGAAUAUCGAUACAAAUAGUGCGGGAUCAGAAAAUAAUGAACAGAACUGUAAAGAACAGCACAGUUCAAGAAGUGCUAAUUGUAAUAGUUGUUGUUUGCAGACUAUAUUAGACAGUGCCGAUGAUAUAGUUAUUCAUGACAAGUCAGACGAGUAUAAUUUUACAACUGCUUCACCAGAUUCUCAAAUACAAGAUUAUUAUUUACGUAAAUGGCAAGCUAGACAAAUUGCUAGAGGAUUUGUGGACAACACCAUUAACAAAGUGCUGGAAGCUUGGAUCAACCGUCCGGUAGAUGUCCCCCGUUUUAUAGAGAGCUACAAAAACAAUGGGGAGAUUGAGAAUGAUGCUAUUUUAAUGGCAAUCCAUUCUCAUGGUUUACAGUCCCCCUUUGGAGAUCCAUUGCAGAGUUCUCACCGAAGUUCCUUUACAGAGGCCGAGGUGUCAUUGCCAAGUACAAAACCUGACUUGGAGCAAUUCAGUCAGGAUAAUUUGGAGAAUGUAGAGAAUGAGAGGAUCAAAGCACAGGAGGUCCAGAGUUCCUCGACAGAUGGCAGCAGUAGUCCUGAUGAUGGUGUGGUGGCAAAUUCAAAAGAGGUGGAGGAGGAUAAUACCAUAGAUUUUCUUAAUGCUGCUGUUUCAGCAGCCAUUCAGAAGAAAGGACUUUCCUAUGGAUAUUAACAAUAUUUUCGAAAUUGUAAGACUGUAUUUUAUUUAAAAAUUUAUAAUUAUUAUUCAUGUGAACGUUUCAGUAAUAUUUGCUAAAGUUUCUAGUGGAGUACUAAUGAUAUAACAAAUUAAAACCAGUAUUUUGUUUUAUAUAAUAUAACAUAUCUGUAAUUUAUUAUUUUAUAUUUUAUGUAAGUAUAAAAAUAAAUAAAAAUAUUGACUCGUUUUA